AUGGCGCAUCAGAAAAUGAGGUUGGAGGAAGCCAUCGGCCGCGCGAUAGGGGACAUCGGUGCCCAGUUGGACGUUCAUGCUGCGCUGCUGCCUACGAUCAACAUCCUGCCCUGGCUGAACUGGGGCAGGGCCCAAGAGAGCUACGGCGAGGACCGGUAA